GAUGGCUGGAGGUGUGGAGAGCUAUAAGUGGUGGGGCCGGGGCCUCUGCCUGGGUCUCCAGCCAUGGUCCUCGCAGGGCUGCUGCUGCUGCUCACCCUGCUAGCCGGCGCUCACCUGCUGUGGGGCCGGUGGAAGCUCAGAAACCUCCACCUCCCACCUCUGGUCCCCGGCUUCCUGCACCUGCUGCAGCCCAACCUCCCCAUCCAUCUGCUGAGCCUGACUCAGAAACUCGGGCCUGUCUACAGGCUUCGCCUUGGGCUGCAAGAGGUGGUGGUGCUGAACUCCAAGAGGACCAUUGAGGAGGCUAUGAUCAGGAAGUGGGUGGACUUUGCCGGCAGACCCCAGAUACCAUCCUACAAGCUGGUGUCUCAGCGCUGCCAGGACAUCUCUCUGGGGGACUACUCUCUGCUCUGGAAGGCCCACAAGAAACUCACCCGCUCAGCCUUGCUGCUGGGCACCCGCAGCUCCAUGGAGCCCUGGGUGGACCAGCUGACCCAGGAGUUCUGCGAGCGCAUGAGAGUCCAGGCCGGUGCCCCCGUGACCAUCCAGAAGGAAUUCUCUCUGCUUACCUGCAGCAUCAUCUGUUACCUCACUUUUGGAGACAAGGAGGACACCUUAGUACAUGCCAUUCACGACUGUGUUCAGGACUUGAUGAAGACCUGGGACCACUGGUCCAUCCAGAUUUUGGACAUGGUUCCUUUUCUCAGGGUGAGGAGGCACAGCCCUGACACGCCUGGUCCUGGGAGAAAGGGUGGGGAUGGGGAACAGGCUUCCUUGCCAGCAGCUACACCUUCUUACUCUCUGCCCCAGUUCUUCCCCAACCCUGGGCUCUGGAGGCUGAAGCAGGCCAUAGAGAACAGGGACCACAUGGUGGAGAAGCAGCUGAGGAGCCACAAGGAGAGCAUGGUGGCUGGCCAGUGGAGGGAUAUGACGGACUACAUGCUCCAGGGGGUAGGGAGGCAAAGAGUAGAAGAGGGCCCGGGACAGCUCCUGGAAGGACACGUGCACAUGUCUGUGGUGGACCUUUUCAUCGGGGGCACUGAAACCACGGCGAGCACCCUCUCCUGGGCUGUGGCGUUCCUACUUCACCACCCCGAGAUUCAGCGCCGCCUUCAGGAGGAGUUGGAUCGCGAGCUGGGCCCUGGAGCCUCGUGCUCCCGAGUCACUUACAAGGACCGCGCUCGGCUGCCUCUGCUCAAUGCCACCAUCGCGGAGGUGCUGCGCCUGCGGCCGGUCGUGCCCCUGGCCUUGCCUCACCGCACCACGCGGCCUAGCAGCAUCUUCGGCUACGACAUCCCUGAGGGCAUGGUCGUUAUCCCCAACCUCCAAGGUGCCCACCUGGACGAGACCGUCUGGGAGCAGCCGCACGAAUUCCGGCCGGACCGCUUCCUGGAGCCGGGCACGAACCCCAGCGCGCUGGCGUUUGGCUGCGGGGCGCGCGUGUGCCUGGGCGAGUCGCUGGCGCGCCUGGAGCUCUUCGUGGUGCUCCUGCGACUGCUGCAGGCCUUCACGCUGCUGCCGCCGCCCGUGGGCGCCCUGCCGUCGCUGCAGCCGGAUCCCUACUGCGGCGUCAACCUCAAGGUCCAGCCUUUCCAGUAAUUUUCCAUUUGAGAAAAUGCUCCUGACUCAUCCACGGGAGGGGGUUUGCCUUAUCCGGGCAAGGCCGCUGCGGGGAGGU